CAGACAAGUGAGCCAGGCAGGGUGGCCUCUGCUUCAGUCACAAGAAUGACUGAACCUGGGAUAUGGGGCAAAGUCAGAAAAAGGGAACCAGGGUCCCUCCUGGAAGGGGUAGGGAUGCGGUGGAUGUUGAAAUCAGCAGCAAGGCUCUAGGGGAGGGGAGUCUGAGUGAAGCCACAGUUGUCUCUUCAUCUCUCUUGCCUGCCCUCCCCUUCCUUCCCUCCCUCAUUCAAACAAGUGGCUCUCACAAGGAGUUGCUGGAAGCUGCUUUGAGUGGGGCAGUGAGAUCCCUGGAAGGCUGGAGUCAGGAGUCAAGGAAGCUGGGAAGUGGGGUUGAUUGACCCUUCGUGGGGUGUGGUCCAGAAGAAGUGGCAAGGAAUGGGCUGAGAAGUCAGCAUAGCACCAUUCCCAGUUUGGCCCGAGACUAGGCUAUCCGUGGCCCCCACGCUUGACUAAGGUACAGCGAGAGAGUUUCAGAAGCACCCCUGAUCCUGGAAUCUCCAUCCUGGGCUGGGGUAGGGUGGGGCUUUUCCCUCCCUGGCCUGGCUCCUGCCUCCCGUGCCAGUGCCCGACGGUGAAACGCUGUUGACAUGUCCUGAAUUAUUAAGCACGGGGUGGGCUCCAGAGCACAUGCUGAGCGGAGCGGCUGGGGCUGCGCGGCGUGGCGGAGCAGCGCUUGCUCCCUCGCUCACUCGCUUGCUCGCAGGGACACACGCAGGGGCUGACAGCUGUGCGGGUGCUGAUAAGGGAAGCCACAAGGAGACGAUCGAGGAGAGAGACAAGCGGCAGCAGAGGCAGCAGCGGCAGAGGCAGCGCCGGGGCUGCGGAGCUGCUGGGAGUGGGAGUGACGCCCCCACCUCGGGCCCCCACCCUGUCCCCGUCCUCCUCCUGGUUGCCCUGAGUUUAGAAGAGCAGCCGCUGCCGCCACCACCACUCCGGAGGGCACCAGGGCUGCUGUCCAGGGAGGGACAGUAGCAGUGAGGCUCUGGCCAGUCCCAGCAGCCGGGGACAGAUGCCGAUCGAGAUUGUGUGCAAAAUCAAAUUUGCUGAGGAGGAUGCAAAACCCAAGGAGAAGGAGGCAGGGGAUGAACAGAGCCUCCUGGGGGCUGCUCAGGGGCCAGCAGCCCCUCGGGACCUGGCCACCUUUGCCAGCACCAGCACUCUGCAUGGGCUGGGCCGGGCCUGUGGCCCUGGCCCCCAUGGACUGCGCAGAACCCUGUGGGCACUGGCCCUACUCACCUCACUGGCUGCCUUUCUGUACCAGGCAGCCAGCCUGGCCAGGGGCUACCUGACCCGGCCUCACCUGGUAGCCAUGGACCCUGCUGCCCCAGCCCCAGUGGCGGGUUUUCCGGCUGUCACCCUCUGCAACAUCAACCGCUUCCGGCACUCGGCACUCAGCGAUGCUGAUAUCUUCCACCUGGCCAAUCUGACAGGGCUGCCCCCCAAAGACCGGGACGGGCACCGUGCAGCUGGCCUUCGCUAUCCAGAGCCUGACAUGGUAGACAUCCUCAACCGCACUGGCCACCAGCUUGCUGACAUGCUCAAGAGCUGCAACUUCAGUGGGCACCACUGCUCCGCCAGCAACUUCUCUGUGGUCUAUACUCGCUAUGGGAAGUGUUACACCUUUAAUGCAGAUCCUCAGAGUUCACUGCCCAGUAGGGCAGGCGGCAUGGGUAGUGGCCUGGAGAUCAUGCUAGACAUCCAGCAGGAGGAAUACCUACCCAUAUGGAGGGAGACAAACGAGACGUCAUUCGAGGCAGGGAUCCGGGUGCAGAUCCACAGCCAGGAGGAGCCGCCCUACAUCCACCAGCUGGGGUUUGGCGUGUCCCCAGGCUUCCAGACUUUUGUGUCCUGCCAGGAACAGCGGCUAACUUAUCUGCCCCAGCCUUGGGGCAACUGCCGGGCGGAAAGCGAGCUCAGGGAGCCUGAGCUUCAGGGCUACUCAGCCUAUAGUGUGUCUGCCUGCCGACUGCGCUGUGAGAAGGAGGCCGUGCUUCAGCGCUGCCACUGCCGGAUGGUGCACAUGCCAGGUGGGCACCUCCAGCCAGUCUUUGGUGCCACUCUUCUGAGCUCCCGAACUUCCAGGAGGCAGAGAUGCAUGCGUACCACAUGUACACGCAUCUACACGCAUGAGCGUGUGCUCAUGUGUAUGUCUGGAUACUUACACAUGGGCAACGAGACCAUCUGCCCACCAAAUAUCUACAUUGAAUGUGCCGACCACACACUGGACUCCCUUGGUGGGGGCUCCGAGGGCCCAUGCUUCUGCCCUACACCCUGCAACCUGACUCGUUACGGCAAAGAGAUCUCCAUGGUCAAGAUCCCCAACAGGGGCUCAGCCAGAUACCUGGCAAGGAAGUACAACCGCAAUGAGACCUAUAUAAGGGAGAACUUCUUGGUCCUGGAUGUCUUUUUCGAAGCCCUAACUUCUGAAGCCAUGGAACAGCAAGCCGCCUAUGGCCUGUCAGCCCUGCUGGGGGACCUUGGGGGACAGAUGGGCCUGUUCAUUGGGGCUAGCAUCCUCACCUUGCUGGAGAUCCUUGACUACAUCUAUGAGGUCUCCUGGGAUCGGCUCAAGAGGGUGUGGCGACGGCCCAAGACCCCACUGCGGACAUCCACCGGGGGCAUCUCCACUCUGGGGCUGCAGGAGCUGAAGGAACAGAGUCCCUGUCCAAGCCGGGGCCGUGCUGAGGGUGGGGGGGCUAGCAGCCUGCUUCCCAACCAUCACCACCCUCACGGCCCCCCAGGAAGCCUCUUUGAAGACUUUGCUUGCUAGAACAGUGCUGUGUGGGGAAAGUACCCAUGAAACUGGGCCUCUACGCUGACCCCACACAUCUCCUAUUCCUGGGACAGAAGGUCUGGGGCAGCCCAGGGCUAAGGGAAGGGGUGGUGCUCACUGAGAGGCCAGGACUAGGGUCCUGCUCUCCCUGACCCAGGCUCAGCUGCCUUGCACAAGGGUCCUUCUUGUCUAUACUCCCUGCUCCCAGGCAGGUAUCCAGGAAGGGCUGGAGACCAGACUAGAGGUCCCUGAGGAGGGGAGGGAGGAAGAGGGGGGGAAGGUGGAACCCUGGCAGAGCCCCUCUGUACAUUUGUAUAUAGUUAGGGACUGGGUGGGGGUGGGACACAGACAUAGAAGGGUGGGACUGCAGGGGAGGGUGACACAGGACAGUCAGGGUCCUAGCCCUAAUGGCAGAAGGCAAGUCCUUGGGACCCAGGCAUGCUGGGCUGGUUCUCUUUCCCUCUUUCCAGGCCCAGCUCCCUCUUGGCAGGGGGAGUGGGCGGCCCAGCAGGCCUGGCCCAGCUCCCAGUUCCCCCUGUACCAGCCCCACCACAAGUUCCCUUCAUGGGGAGUGGGUGGAAAGACCUUUCAGACCUUGGCUGAGCAUAGGGGGAGGGGGAGGGGGAGCGGCCUUCUCAGGCCUUGCUCCCUAGAGAUUGGUUUUAUAAAGUGCUGGUGAAAUUGGGAAUAAAGAGGCACAAAGAA